AAACGUGUGUUAGUGCAGGCCAGGGGUGCAGUAACAGGACAGGCUUGUGGGAGGAAGCGCAGCAGUACGUGGGGAGGGUGUUAGGGCCGUGGAGAGGCGGCAGGAAGCAAAAGCGGGAGACGCACCAGGAAGCAGAAGUGGGAGACGCUGUAGCGCAUGUGGGGCGAAUGGUGCACUAGUGGCAGGCUGCAGCUUGUACAGUGACCGGAGACGACAUGAAGCUCGCAGCCGCCUUCCCCCUUUUCCUGUGUAGCCUGCGGUGUGCAGCCGCGUCCGAGCUGCGGCACCCACCCAGCAAGAUAGCGGUUGUGGGAGCUGGAAUCGGGGGCACAUCUGCAGCAUACUUUCUACGCCAGAAGUUUGGAAAAGACGUUCAGGUUGACAUAUUUGAGAAAGGAGAUGUGGGAGGUCGUCUAUCUACCUUGGAGAUGGAAGGAAACCUCUAUGAAGCUGGGGGGUCGGUAAUACACCCUCUCAACCUCCACAUGAAAACAUUUGUCAAGGAUUUAGGACUCAAUACUCGGACACCCUCUAGCAGUCUGAUUGGAAUUUACAAUGGGGAUGAGUUUGUUUUUCAAGAGAGUGAAUGGUACCUGAUAAAUGUAAUAAAAAUGCUGUGGUCUUAUGGACUCAACUUCCUACGUAUGUACAUGUGGGUAGAAGGCGUUUUGGAUAAAUUCAUGAGGAUUUACCGGUACCAGACUUUUGACUAUUCGUUUUCCACCACGGAGUCCUUACUGCAUGCCGCAGGGGGCAGUGAUUUCACUACAAAGCUAAAUAUGACCAUAGAUGAAGCCAUGCAGAAAUCUGGCUUCUCCCAGAGGUUCAUCAAUGAGAUAGUGGUUCCAGCGAUGAGAGUCAACUACGGACAAGGAGUUACAGUCAACGGCUUUGUUGGGGCGGUGUCUCUGGCAGGUACUGACUCAGGACUGUGGUCAGUGGAAGGAGGGAACAAGCUUGUGUGCACUGGCUUAAUCUAUGCUUCAAAGGCCCAGCUAAUUCAGGGCACUGUCACCUCUGUGCAAGAGAAGGUUCGUCCUACCAAGUCUGGAGGUACAGUGAGACUGUAUGAAGUUAUCUAUGAGACCAGCACGGGGUCCGGACAGGGCAUGUAUGAUAUUAUAUUCUUAGCAACACCUCUUAAUAAGGGUAUUGCCAACAUUAAUUUCCUGGGCUUCAGUCCACCCAUAGAGACAUUUUCAAAACCAUACCAGCAGACGGUGGCCACCUUUGUCCAUGGACGGAUCAAUGCUUCUUUCUUUGGCUGCUCAAAGCCUUGUCAGUUUGACCUGUCCGAGAUAUUAACCACAGAUAAUCCAAAAACUUUCAUCAGUAGUGUCAGUUCCGUGUCUCCGGUAAAACCAGUGCCCAAACCUGAUGUUGCAAAAACCUCCGACCUUAAGGUCUAUAAAGUGUUUUCUCCUGAUUCACUGAUGGAUUAUCAGUUGCGCCUGCUGUUUGAGUCUUAUCAUGCGGUAAGUGAAAGAAAAUGGCUGGCUUAUCCGAAGUAUAGCCCCCCCGAGAAACUGCCCCCAAUAAUCUUGCAUCCUGGGAUUUAUUAUCUGAACAGCAUAGAAUGGGCAGCCAGUGCUAUGGAGAUGAGCGCCAUCUCUGCCAAGAAUGCCGUACUUCUAGCUCAUCAUCGGUGGUAUGGAAAGGAAGGAUACAUUGACCAGGAGGAUUUAGCAGAGCGGCUCAAGUCUGAGUUAUAGGUUGACGUUUUAAGUUUAGACUGCGAAGAACAAUUGUAGCUCAUACCAAGCAAUCUUCCAGUACAGCGAAACCCAGUCCUCGUUUUUUUAAGCAGUGUGGGGCUGGCUGCUGUAACUCUUUCCAUAAUUUUGCUUUGGCACUUUCUCUUGGGGUAGCCAUCAAUGGAGCAUCUACCUCCUUUUGCUAAAAAGGUGUUAAUGAAAAUGUGCAUUAUAGGACCAUGAAGUGUAAAAGUGCAAUGAUUUUUGUGCUGUGCAGUCCUUAUAGAAGAACUCAUAGAAACAGAAUUUGACGGCAGAUAAGAACCACUUGGCCCAUUUAGUCUGCCUUAAACACAUGUACACACACUUACACACCAGGAGUGAUUUUUGCCGGGACCAAUAAUUUACAUAUUUUAGGUGUAAUUGUAUUAUGGGUGUAGAGCACAGAUCCGGUGCCUAACAACCUGCCAUUCAUUUGGAAUCUCUGUUUUGAGGAGACAGAAGAGUGUAUACUUAAGUUGACGGCUGCUACAGCAUCUGAUCCAUUAUUUUCACGCUGUAGAGAACUGAUGUGUCUCUGAUACACCUUUCACACCGCCAAUGUCUGAUCCCACCCGGGAAUUGGAAACAGGUCCUUCCCAGGUGGGAUCCAGCAUUGGACGCUGCUGCUGGCUUCCCCGACCCGGCAAUAUGCCGGGCUGUUUGCCAUAGCAGCGGGGGUGGAGGCGGCGCUGGGAGAUGAGAUCAUCUUCACGUCGCCUCUCCCUGUUGUAGUAAACGGGUCCCUUCGACCCGGGAGCUCGUUUACGCUGCCAUUGACUCGGUUUUCAACCUGGGUAUAACACUGCUUUAUUCCUGGGUUGAAUUGCUGGGUCAGGCGACCCGGGAUGUCCGACAUGGCGCUUUCACACCGCACGCUGACCCGUGUCGACCCGGCAAUAUGCUGGGUCGAUACCGGGUUAUUUGUGCGGUGUGAAAGGGGUAUAAAUAGAAAAUUAUUGUGACAUUCCUAAAUUGUUUGCUAAACAUUCCAGUAGGGGGAGUACCUGAGUUACACUUAGUCUUAACACUGCCACUACUAUUAUGAUGGUUCUAAUUAAGUUGAAUUCUACUUGAAAUUGUUAUUCUGGUUAUUUGGUUCCCCUGCUGAUAGUACUGUCCUCAAACCAUAAUAAAAGUUAGAAAGAAUCUGAAGAACCAUACCACUUGGUUCCUGGUUUUAAUCACGAAGUAACUACUGAACAUUGUAUGAGACUUUGCGCUGUAAUCAAAGCAAGAUCAUUAAUAGCAGCCUUACAUAAUGGUUUGUGAGUUCCUUGGUCCACAAGUAUACAGUAGCCUAGAUCCCAACACUAUUUUUGUUUAGAUCUUGUUGAAUUAUGUUUGAUCACCCACCACUCCUCCAUCAUUGUCUCCACCUAGUCCUGUAGUCACAGACGUAUAAGGUUCUCUGUCUCAUUCGUGUCCAUGUACCCAUUUACCAAUAUAUUCUGUCUAGUGUCCAAACUUAAUGCUGCAAAAGAAUUAACCAAAUUAAUAAGGCUGUUUUUGAGAACCUCACAAAAAUAAUUUGUUUCCGAACCACAACCAAUUAUCCUUUAUAGUUUCAAGCCUCCGGAGAGAGAAGAUUGGAUUAUGAUCUUUCCAAUAUAAGUACAUUACAACAGUAUUUGAAAUGUAUUUAUUUUACCCGUGUAAAUUAGGUGGAUGAGUCUGAAGUCUGGUACUUUAUCAAUAUUCUAACGUUUCUAGUAUAAUAAUAGUAACCAUCACUAUUAAUCACAGAUAAGCCACAUUCCUUGCAGCGUUUAAUUUUGGGACUUCUCAUGCCAGAUGUGUCCUAGUGGUUUACAGGAUUACGUCCUUUAUGUUAUGCGGACUCCCGUAGUGGUGUUGGCUCUAUUUGUGAAGAUCUAUAAACUGAAAGAAAAUGUUUUGCACUAAUUUUGUAAUAAUAAAACUUAUGGUGGCUGUAGCAUUACAGGUGUAUUGUAUAUGUAUAAAUCAACUCCUGUGAUAUCUGUAUAAAGAGGAGUUUGGAUUCCGCAGUAAAUCUUAAGUAUUAUAAGAAAUAACGCACUAUUCAAAGUUAUUAUGGAUAUUAGUCACUUUGGAUUUCUGUAACCAGUAUAAAAGUCUGCCUUCAGCCUUUUGCUUUUGAUUGGUUAUAAACUCAUCUAUCGGUGGGAUGUAGUGGAGUCCGAAAUCGCCGGGGUGUGGGAUGCCGGAUGAUCUCGGAUGUUUUUUUUAGGGGCAACCAUUUACAAGGCAUGGUUUUGCCUUGUAAGUGAUUGUUCCUUUAAAAAAAAAGCCUGAGACCGGCCGGCAUCCCGCACCCCUUGCGAUCUCAGCCUCCAUUACAUCCCACCGUAUAACGUCUAAUAUCUUUUAUUAGUAAGUGUUUAGUGUUUUAGUAAUUUAUUUGGUGCUUUUGUUUUUUCUUUUCAUGUUUAUUAUUGACUGCAAGUCACUGACUCAAUAAAAAAAAAAAAGUUCUAUAAUAGAAUGUAUAACAGUCAGUACAGCAAAACACCAGGGGGUAUUUAUUCUAUAAGUGACUGUAGACAUCUGUCUGAUGACUGCAUUUAUUUUAUAAAUCAUUAAAGGCAUGGCAGAAUCUGAUUGGCUGAUAUGGUUUACUUUAGUUGCCGAUAAAAUAUUCUAAAACAUGCUGCGCAUUAUGUUUCCUCCACAUUAAAAGUCACCAAUAGUGGGAAACAAUAUACGUAUUUCCCAGAAUGGGAAGAGAAACAUCUCUUGGAGCCGAGUGUGGCCCAAGGCAGAAAAGUGGGCAGUAAUAGAGACACUAUAAAGCAAUUUUUGUGAACUGACCCACAUCCAAUUUUAUUGUGCAAUAACUAAAAAGCCUCAUCAGCAAGUUUAAUGGGUGUAUGUCCGGAGAGUCAGAACUGGAUGACAUGGAAUGGGGGACCGGCCAUUAUUUAUCCACUCACCCCGGCUGUAACCAGCUCCUUUUGAACCAAACAUAUUACACCUGAAGUUUAAAAUGUAUACAGCAAGACAGGAAUAUAAAUUGUGCAUAUAUAUUGUUCAUUCUGCAAUGCUCCCUUGUAUGAUUGUACCUGAGUGACAACUGUGAGUGAUGCGUGAUGAAUAAAAUGGUCUCUGGAUUUUUAUACUUUGAUUUCUAUAACCAAGAAAUUUGCAAGAGAAAUGAGAUGUAAUAAAAUCGAUUCCUUAUUUCACCAGA